AUGGCCCAUGGCACAGACACUCGGGAGAAAGGUAUCUUCAAAAGCGGCAUUCUCCAAAAUCCUUUGUCCGAAGCCCAUCUUAACCCGGAAAAUGCCGUCGCUGAGUUCUGCGAGAGGGUCUCCAAUUAUGAAAAGACAUAUGUUCCUCUAGGCGUAGCCGAAGAGGAACAAGGGAUCCAGCAGCAUGGGACCGCCACAACGGACCAGAAACCUCCUAUCCAGAAACUGUUUAAUGAUCUGUUCCCCUCCUCCGCGUUCCGUAAAUGGCUGGCUUUGAAUUACACACUUGCGAGCGGAUACGACGGCGAAGAGCCCCGGCUGGAGUUCACGCUGGGCCUGACGCCCACACUCGGCUGGGAGAAGAAAACGGAGGAGGACGAAGAGGACGACGAGGACGGCGAAGCGCAGGAGAAAUCCAAGGCGAGGGAACCUACCGCGGCGGAAGAACCUGCGGUACCAUACGUACAAAUGAUUGUUGUUGGGCGCAAGAUCAAUACACAUAUGAUUUGA